GGCUGCAGUUGUACUCUUCUCACUGUAAUGCGUGGUCUGGUCUGUCAUUGGUCCUGGUGAGGGUUUAUAACGUGAGAUGUCACCAGCGGAGUGAGGGUAGGGUGUUUUUUCUCUCUUGUUGACAGGAUUAUCAUCUCAGUGCUUUAACACACCGCCAAACCGCAGAUCACAUGUCGGGAACGGUUCUGUUCGCUAUUACAAUGUAGUAGUGAAGUGGAAUAAGAAAAACAGCUUUACCUAUACAACGGAAGGUAUUUGUAUGACGACAAGACCCCGAAGUGACAACGUCAAUAAUUCUGAGACCAUGAACUACGUGGGCCAGUUGGCGGGCCAGGUGUUUGUGCAGGUGAAGGAGCUGUACCGGGGCCUGAACCCGGCCACCCUGUCGGGCUGCAUCGAUGUUAUUGUGGUGCGUCAGCCUGACGGCACCCUGCAGUGCUCGCCCUUCCACGUUCGCUUCGGCAAGAUGGGUGUGCUGCGCUCCCGUGAGAAAGUGGUGGACAUAGAGAUCAAUGGAGAGCCUGUGAGUCUACAAAUGAAGCUGGGGGAGAACGGAGAGGCCUUUUUUGUCAAGGAGACAGAGAACACACUGGAAGGGAUUCCGUCCUACCUGGCAACGUCACCUAUUGUGUCCCAGGGGGUGGAGCUAAUGGAAGCCCAGCUGGGGAAGGGCAUGUCUCGCCUCUCUGACCCCGCCUCCCUCUCGGUCCAGACCCUGAGCUCCCAGCAGACCAUAGGAGGAGGAGGAGGGAUGAUGAUGAAAAAGAGGAGGAAGAGGAGGAAGAAAGCGCGGGAGAGCGGAGGAGGGAGGCGGGAAGAGAGUGGGGAGCACUCAGAGGAUGAGGACAUGUUCACCAUCGAUAUGAGCACUGAUGAGGAGCAAGAGCACAAUAACAACUCCAGCAGGGCCUCUACUCCAGAGUUUGAUGAAGAGCAGGGGCCUAAGGCCAGUGUGUUGAGCAGCACCUACACCCAGAACACAACAUACACAAUACCUGACGCAGACUGGGCACACUCGCAGAGCGGUGGUCUGUCCAUCUCCUGUCCACAGCAGACUUCUCUCUUCCCUUCUCCGAUCAGCGACCCAGGCGGCUCCAGCCCCUCAACUCCGAAGAGUGACUCAGAGCUGACCAAUCAGAGCAAAGACAACCCUGAGAUGAUGUGGGCCUGGGGAGAGCUGCCACAAGCUGCCAAGCCCUCCUUCUUCCCUCCGUUCCAGAUGCAAGAUUCUUUGAUGAUGUCCCCUGUCACCAUCCCUGUGUGUGAUAGCACACACUUCAGAACCAUCACUGGAGACGGUGGCCCCUCUGAUCAGAUCCAGUCCCAGAGCCAAAAAGACAGCGCCCCCCCGUCCCUCACCCUGUACGUUCCACAGCCCGAGGACAACAUAGCUGGGGCCGGGUCUGGAGCAGGGUCUGGAGCCGGAUCUGGGGCCGGGUCUGGAGCAGGGUCUGGAGCAGGGUCUGGGGCCGGGUCUGGAGCAGGGUCUGGGGCCGGGUCUGGGGCCGGGUCUGGGGUCGGCUCUGGAGCAGGGUCUGGGGCCGGGUCUGGGGCCGGGUCUGGAGCAGGGUCUGGGGCCGGGUCUGGAGCAGGGUCUGGAGCAGGGUCUGGGGCCGGGUCUGGAGCAGGGUCUGGAGCAGGGUCUGGGGCCGGGUCUGGAGCAGGGUCCGGAGCAGGGUCUGAGGCCGGGUCUUGGGCUGGGUCUGGGGCCGGGUCUUGGGCUGGGUCUGGGGCCGGGUGUGGGGCCAGGUCUUGGCCUGGAGGAGACAUGGAGGAAGUAUGGGCAGCCUGUAGAGAGGUGGAGGGACUGGUGGCCUCCAGGAUGCUGUCAGAACUGGAUGAGGGGUGCCAUAGGGACAACACGGUCAGACACACAGACUCCCCAUCUAAGAGGAAAGACAAGAGGAGCCACCACCUGGGCUCUGAUGGAAUCUACCUGGAUGACAUCACUGAGCUGGAGCCAGAUGUGGCCGCUCUCUACUUCCCCAAAAGUGACGGGGGCGGUUCGGUGAGAGGUGGCUUGGAAACGGGAGUGCGGAGUGCCAACCAAUCCCCUCAGUCGGUGAGCAGCAGUGGGAUGGACAGCGGCGUGGACAGCUACUCUGACCAGCUGGGAGACAUGCCCAACAUCGCCAUCUCCCUGUGUGGAGGUCUCACUGACAACAGAGAGAUCACAAGAGAACAGUUUGAGGAGAGAGCCAUCUCUUACCAGCAGUUCACUGAGAACCCCUCCAUCAUUGACGAUCCCAACCUGGUGGUCAAGAUAGGAACCAAGUACUAUAACUGGACCACUGCAGCCCCUCUGAUGCUGGCUAUGCAGGUGUAUCAGAAGCCCCUGCCAAUGGCCUCAGUGGAGAACAUCAUGAAGGAGAAGAUGCCCAAGAAAGGAGGCCGCUGGUGGUUCUCAUGGCGCAGCAGGAACAGCGAUUCCAAAUCGGACUCCGUGUCUGAGACGGGAGUUGGAGAUGAGGGUGAGACCUCUCUCAGCAUGGCUUCAGUCAACGGAAUGAAGGAGGAGUCUUCCUCCAGCGAUGAGGACCACAGAUUGUCCAAUCAGGGCUCAGAAUCCUGCAACGCCGAACCCCUUCUCACACCCGGUAGUGUGUGCUACAGGAAGACCCUCAGACUGACCCCAGAGCAGCUGGCCAGUCUGCAGUUGAAGGUGGGUCCUAAUGAGGUGGUGUUCAGUGUGACCACUCAGUACCAGGGCACCUGCCGCUGCCAGGGCACCAUCUACCUCUGGAGCUGGGACGACAAGAUCAUCAUCUCAGACAUUGACGGCACCAUCACCAGGUCGGACACCCUGGGCCACAUUCUACCCACGCUGGGUAAAGACUGGACGCAUCAGGGCAUUGCCCGCCUCUACCACCGAGUCAGCCAGAAUGGUUAUAAGUUUAUGUACUGCUCAGCGAGGGCCAUAGGUAUGGCUGAUAUGACGAGGGGGUAUCUACACUGGGUCAACGAGAGAGGAACCAUGCUGCCUAUUGGACCUGUCCUACUCAGCCCCAGCAGUCUGUUCUCAGCUCUGCACAGGGAGGUGAUAGAGAAGAAGCCUGAGAGGUUUAAGAUCCAGUGUCUGACCGACGUGAAGCAGCUGUUCCACCCCAACACUGAGCCUUUCUACGCAGCCUUCGGCAACAGAGCCACGGAUGUGUAUUCCUAUAAGGAGGUGGGCGUUCCCCUAAACAGGAUCUUCACAGUCAACCCCAAGGGAGAGCUGAUACAGGAACACGCUAAGACCAACAUCUCAUCGUAUGGUGGCCUGUGUGAGGUGGUGGACCACGUCUUUCCCCUGUUGAUUAGAGGCCACGUCUCUGACGUCUCCUGCCCUGACACCUUCAGCCAGUUCACCUACUGGAGAGAACAGCUGCCCCAGGUCCACAUCCCUGACCAGGUCCACAUCCCUGACCAGGUCCACAGCCCAGACCACCCACAGGUCCACAGCCCCAAGUCCACAGCCCCGACCAGCCCCAAGUCCACAGCGCCAACCAGCCCCUGGACAACAGCUGAGGAGACCCCACACCACAUCAGACCACCCCAGGAGUGAGCUGUGUGCAAUCACGGAAGGGAAGGGAGAGACACGCUCAAACUCAUAAUGAUGCAGGCAUGCAAAUGCAAGAAGCAUGUAUCUGCUCUAAUGCCACACACACACACAGCUAUGCAGAGGCAGACCUUGCACUAGUGAAAGUGUACUUGCUACAACAACAGGCAUGUUAGCACUGAGUGGUAUUUAUAUGUAGUCAUCAUUUAUAUUUAUGUUUUACUCUUCAGUGUUGUUUUCUCUGCAUUACCUAGCCUACUCAUACACGGCCUACUGUUCAUCAGGUGAAAUAGGUACAUUACCUAGCCUACUCAUACACAGCCUACUGUUCAUCAGGUGAAAUAGGUACAAUACCUAGCCUACUCAUACACAGCCUACUGUUCAUCAGGUGAAAUAGGUACAUUACCUAGCCUACUCAUACACGGCCUACUGUUCAUCAGGUGAAAUAGGUACAUUACCUAGCCUACUCAUACACAGCCUACUGUUCAUCAGGUGAAAUAGGUACAUUACCUAGCCUACUCAUACACGGCCUACUGUUCAUCAGGUGAAAUAGGUACAUUACCUAGCCUACUCAUACACGGCCUACUGUUCAUCAGGUGAAAUAGGUACAUUACCUAGCCUACUCAUACACGGCCUACUGUUCAUCAGGUGAAAUAGGUACAUUACCUAGCCUACUCAUACACAGCCUACUGUUCAUCAGGUGAAAUAGGUACAUUACCUAGCCUACUCAUACACAGCCUACUGUUCAUCAGGUGAAAUAGGUACAUUACCUAGCCUACUCAUACACGGCCUACUGUUCAUCAGGUGAAAUAGGUACAUUACCUAGCCUACUCAUACACAGUCUACUGUUCAUCAGGUGAAAUACAGUGCCUUGUAAAAGUAUUCACCCCCCUUGGCUUUUUUCCUAUUUCGUUGCAUUACAACCUGUAAUUUAAAUUUAUUUUUAUUUGGA